AUGUCAGCAGCACUAGACAAGAAGACUCCACAGGAAUUGGAGGUUUCAGCAGCUCCAGAGUUCGAGGCUGUGGAAGCGCUCAAGGCAGUGAAAGCUGGACAUGCAGACGAUGUUGACAUCGCCGCACGAAUUCUAGCAGACAACAUCGAUGUUGCUGGAAACGAGACCUGGAGCGUGGCGGAAGACAAGAAGCUUAUUAGGAAGGUUGACUGGAGAUUAAUUCCAAUCCUGUUUGUGUGUGCAACUCUGUCUGGUCUCGAUAAAACAGCUAUUUCGGCAGCUGCGAUCUAUAAUCUAAAAAAAGACUUGAAUCUUGUGGGGCAGCAAUAUUCUUGGGUUGGGUCGGCACCUUUCUUUGGUGGUCUGGCCUUCAUGGGACCAUCCGCAUAUUGUUUGCAGAAGUUUCCUCCUGUUCAUUACUUUGCAUUUAACGUGCUCUGCUGGGGAAUCCUUGAGAUGUGUAUGGCAGCUUGCACCAGCUUCGGCGGACUGUUCGUCUGUCGAUUCCUUCUCGGUGGCUUCGAAGCCUUGUUAAUCCCUGCUGUCACAUUGCUUAUUGCCAUGUGGUAUAAGCCCAAUGAGCAACCUGCAAGGAACGCUAUUAUUCUCAAUGUCAUUGCCCCAAUUCUGAACGGCCUGAUAGCGUGGUCUGUUGGAUAUCAUCACGGCCAUUUCCCAGCAUGGAAGAUUAUAUUUCUAACACUUGGCGCCUUCACCAUUCUCUGGUCUACUGUUGUGUUUUGGUUCUUGCCCAAUAACCCGCUGGAGGCAAAAUGGCUUUCCGAGAGAGAGAAGUACAUGCUUAUUCAACGAAAGGCAACCGACAAUACCGGCAUGGAAUCCAAGACCUUCAAGAAAGAGCAAAUCUGGGAAGCACUUAUGGAUGUCAAGACUUGGUUGAUUUGGUUCGCCAUUGUCGCACUUCAAGUCCCUAACGGAGGCCUCACUACUUUCAACACCCUUAUCAUCAAAGGCCUCGGAUUCAACAACGAAAAAACCGCACUCCUAGCCAUGCCGCCAGGAGCUAUGAGCACACUUUCCGGGAUCGGAUUAUCUUACCUCGCAGCAACUACGCGGCGCUGGAGAAGUGUCAUAGUAGCGGUCUCCAUCCUGCUUCCCCUCGUGGGCGCAAUCAUCUGCUACACGCUCCCCCGCACCAACCUCGCGGGCCAACUCGUCGGAUUAUACAUCCUGUAUACCUACUGGGCACCGUACGUAACGCUCGUGUCUAUCUACCAGGCGAACAUUGCGGGUCAUACCAAGAAGGUUUUCCUGUUUGCUUGGUUCUAUGUUGCGUGGGCCGCGGGGAAUAUUAUUGGCCCGCAGACAUUCCUGGCGUAUCAGGCACCGGCAUAUACUGGAGGGACGGUUGCUAUGAUUGUGUGCUAUUGUGUCGCGAUAUUUUGUAUACUGGGUUAUGGGGCUGUUUGUCAUGUGAGUAAUAAGAGGAGGGCUGGGGAAAUCAGUGAAAAUCGGGGAGAUAUGGAUUGGCUUGAUCUGACGGACAAGGAGAAUAUUUCUUUCAAGUACACAACUUAA